AUGAAUUUCCUAUUUAAAUCGAUUUCUGGGCUCCAAUUCCCAUAUUCCCUUGCCUCAGAAUCAACUCUUUCCACUCCCAUCUGGGAAGCCAUCGAUGGCCAUCGAAAGUCAGAUUCGCUCCCAGUAACGGUUUUCAGCUUCCAAAGAAACACCAACAACGCUGUAUUGGAGGCUCUGAUAGCCAACGCUAUUCGUCAUUUCAAAAUUUUGAAGCUUCCCGGUCUUGUCAAAGUGCUGGAUGUCCUGGAAACCAACAGUGCGACUAGCUAUGUCGUUACUGAAAGAGUCACACCGCUCAAUACACAAGGUCUGAGUGUUCAAGCAUUGAGUUUAGGUGUUUUCCAAUUGGCAGAAACUUUGGAUUGUCUGCACAACCAAGCCCAGGUUGUGCUGGCCACUUUAUCGGCAGGAACAGUUUUCGUCAACGAACGAGGCGAAUGGCGACUUUUUGGCCUCGAACUGUGCUCUAAAAUAUCCGAGCUGCAACGUCUCAAACAGUAUGCUGGGUCCUACGCAUCCCUGAUGGCCAACACAAACGCCCAGGUGCCACCAACGUCGUCCGCGAACGCAGACGCCAUUUUACUCGCCAAAUUCAUAUCCAACCUUUACAACCCACUACCGAAUGAUUGGAAGCCAAUUCUGUCUAGCAUGGAACAGGGAAGGCUCACUUUGGCACAAUUCAAGUCGCGUGCUGCCAACACACGACCUUUUCAAUCGGCGUUGAUCGCCAUUUAUCAAGAUCUCAAAGAAUUCCACAUCAAGGAUCCCAAGGGCAAAAUCGUAGCCAUGAUAGACCUGCAACGUAAGAUCAUGGAGGACACUAGCGCUCUCAGGAACUGUACGCCUGGUUUCGUGGAGCACUACCUGAUUCCCGAGAUAGCACAAUGUAUCAAAACCAUACUGGGAGGACAGCAUACCCAGCCCGGUUCUACGGCCACCGCUAAUACUGCAUCUUUUGUUGCCACACUUCUUGAGCUUACGUGCUCAAGCAAACCAAUAACAGACUCAAAACCGACAUUUGACAAGUACGUCAAGCCAAUUCUGUUUGAAAACUUCAAACAACCCGACCGACAAGUCCGGUUCUUGCUUUUGGUGUACUUUUCCAGCUACGUAACCAAGCUCACCAACUCUGAAGUGUCUGACCGCAUCUUCCCUCAUUUCGUGCAAGGUUUGGCCGAUACAGAUGUCACAAUGAGAAUCCAAACGCUAAAAAGAAUUCCAGACAUCGUUUCAAUGAUCACCGAGCGUCAACUGAAUAAUGAUCUUUUGAGACAUUUGGCCAAAACACAGGUUGACGGAGAUGUCGAAAUUAGGACUUGGACAAUACUUACAAUAUCUGGUCUAUCCAAGAAGCUGUCACCAUCCAACAACAGGUCGGGAAUCCUGGCCACGGCGUUCACAAAAUCCCUUAAAGAUCCACAGGUGAAGCCUAGACUGGCGGCACUUUAUGGCCUGGAAACUUCCUUAGAUUUAUUCGACACGGAAACAAUAGCUAAUAAAGUUCUUACAGUUAUCGCUCCGGGUUUGCUCGACAAAAACGCACAGGUCAGAAGCAAAGCUAAAAGCUUGUUUCGGGUUUACUUGUCUAAACUGGAAAUCGAAGCUGACAAAAUACCUACAGCCGACAGUGAACAUAUUGACAUAGAUUUUGGCGCCGCUGGGGUUCAAGAGGAAAGUAACGUCGUGCGACAGUUUAUGGAAACAUUGAGGCUUUCUACACCUCCAGUGACUACAGAGAAUGAAAGCGCUUUACCUAGCGCCUUUGCGGACAGCUCUGAGUGGGCAGCGGAUGACGCAGGUUGGGACGGCACAGAUGAAUGGGAUGACGAACUCAGCGCUGAACAAAAUGAAACAAUCACACCUCCUCUGGAGAGUAAAUCUAAUGGAACCGUUAAGGUAGUGAAGUCUUGGAAUGACGAACUAGAAGAUGACGACUGGGACUCAUGGGACAAGCCUGCAAAUCUUCAAACUAAGGUGCAACCUAGUUCGAAAUCUAGGGCGAGUAAAAUAAGAGGCACUUCAAAAACUAACGUUAAAAGCUCCAUGGUUUCCAAGAAGGAAGAAACCUUGAAAAGUUUUGACGACAACGACGACGACGAACAAGACGAUGCAUGGGACGAAGAGUGGUGA